AUGUAUACAUCAUCCAUACUUAUAUUAUAUUGCACUAUACGAAUUAAAGAGCAUGAUAAUUCUGAGAUAUAUCACAUUGGUACUGUAGUAGAAGAUAUUAAAUUGGAUAAUUAUAAGUUAGAUAACUUUGGAUUCAAUAAUUCUAAAUUGAAAAACUUUGAAUUAGAUAGUCCUGAAUCAAAAAGCAUAAAAGAAUUUAAAUUUGGUAAUUCUGAAUCAGAAAGUAUAGAAAGUUCUAAAUUUGACAAUCUUAAAUUAGAAGGUAUAAGAGAUCUUAUAUUUAAAGAUCUAGAAUUAAAAGGUAUAGAAAAUUUUAAAGUUGGUAACUUUGAAGUAGAAGGUUCUAAAUUGGAAGAUUCUAAUUUUGAGUUAGAAAAGUUAAACUCCAAUAGUUCUAAAAAUAGCUUUGAAUUGACAAUUGUAUUAGAUUAUACUACUAAUAUUAAAGAAAUUAUAAAUAUUAGUAAUUCAGAGACAGUUGAAAAUAAAAUUAAUAUACUACUAUUUAAAAUGAAAAAUGGUGAGCUACUUCUGCUAAACUCUCUAUAUCUCAAAAAAUAG